GAGAAGUCCAAGAAAAGAAAGGAGUAACAGGCAACAAAACGCGAUCCCAGGUGCAAAAGAAAGAGUUCCCUCGUAAUCAGGACCGCGAAUAUCGUUAGUCAUCGCAGUCCCAUGGAAUCCUUGCUCGUCCACUGAACAGAAUACCCCUGUCCCCGAACACUUAGGUUGUUACAACACAUUUUGUGCGUUCGGGGUCACGCCGUUCUUUCGCACAGUUCUGGGCCAUAAUAUCCGUUCAAGCGAGGGGUAGUGCGGUUUGUGAGGAGUGCGGGCAAAGCAAGGGCUAUUUCGCAAGUCCGGUUCCUGAAACCUGAAACCCUUCCACAGUUGUCCCCGUGUUCGCGAAAGGAGGACAAAACCCGCGAGCAGGCAAACAGGCAGGCAGGAAGACAAGCUGGCUCUCUGGUACACUUAUACAGAGGAACGGCCAAGAGCGCUGGGCAGUGAUCGUGCGUAGGCCCCCCACUCUCACCCCGCGAGCAAGGAAGUCCAGGGAUCCGGAGAGAGUAGGAAGUGCAACUGGAACGAAGGUAGUCAAGUGUACCCCAAUCAAGUGUCCGGGCUUGUGCAAGAGAGUGGAAGACGUGACGGGCCUGGCCGCCAGAGGGUGGGCAGUGUUUUGGGUAAUGAAAGUAUUUACAACCAAGCGUGCCGUGCGUGAGUGCAUUGUUGCGAGAGAGGAAAAGGAGGAGGAGGUUUGUUGUUGAUCCGUCUACGAGGUUCCGUGCUACCAUUUCUAGAGCUGGCAAGAGCAGCAGGCCCUGGAAGAAUAUUUCUGCGCUUCGCAGUGGAAUCCGUACCAUGCAGCUGCUCAUCGGAUCAUGAGUUGUGCGACGAACGAGAAAACGAAUGGUGACCGCAUCCGCACUGCUGCCGGCAACCGUACCAUCGUCAUCGGCCACUGGCCUUCGGACUUUGGCGAGGCUGCAGAAAUCAACUAGCCGAACAUUGGAGGAGGAAGUACGUCUGCCUCCUAACGGCACUAUGAAAUGAACGAGCAGCAGCAGCAAUGGGUUCGCAAACGUUGGAAAUCCUUCGCCAAGGAGUGCUGGCCAGUUUGACCGGCGGGUGGUACUACGACGUGCAUCAGAAUGUCUUCUGCAAUGCAGUCCAUCUGUACAUCUGGUUGUUUCUGUUGUUUCUUCCGUUCAUCAUUUACAUGUAUUUUCCAACAACGAUAAUAGUAUGGAGCGUGUACUGUGUGCUGAUCGCCAUUAUAAUCACGUUUUUCAAGAUGGUAAACGUGGCACUGCACCGAAUGUACGAUCGAGCACGAACAAUGUCGGAAACGAACCUGAAAAAGCCCGGCCUAGGAGGAGUAGGUCCUGGCGCCGGUGUUACCGGCCAUGGCGCGAAACUAGCAAACAACGGUCGCUCUAAGGCCGGCGCUGGUGCAGGAUCGGGCGGUGACGAUGAUGAGGCGGGCAUCGAAAUGCAAAUCCUGGGAACGGUCGAUGUCGUCGGCACGCCUCCGGUCAAUGCCGCCUCGUCGCGGACGUCAGUCGAGCAUGGGAGUGAUGAGAACCACAGCUACGCCAACAGUGCCCUAUCGUUUGACUUUCCCGAGCAGGUGACAAGCACCAUCGAUCUGAAGGUGGACGUACACCGAAAGAACAGCUCAGAAUCGAGUGACAGUGGGUUAAGCGGAGGUGGCGGUGACGGUGGUGCAACGGGCGGUGGUGCCACUGGUGGUGGUUCUGCUGCUGGUGACGAGAAAAGCAGCGGAAGGGCGUCUCGCAGCUCGACGACGGUGCAGACGCAUUCGGUGGCCGAGGUGCACGCCGGUAGCUCGACGUCUUCAACCCACAAGCGGUCGCUUUCAACGCCCAAUCAGGAUCAUUUUUCCGAGCUGGCACUCGAGAGCGGUGCGAUGAGGGAGAUGGCACGUCACGCUGCCGGAGGAUCGAGUAGUGCCGGUGGUAGCGCAAGCAUCGUGAUGGAAGCGGGAAGCUACUCGAAAGAUCAGCCAACGGGACGGCUGACGAUGGGCCAGACUCAAUCGAAUGCGUCGCUACGGAGGCAUCAGUAUACGUCGAAGCGUAAACAGCGGUUCAUGAACAGCCAGCUGCAGCGGCAGGUGUCGCUGGAUUCGGAAAACGUGGCUAUGGGUAGUGAUGUUGGCGGGGUCGGGGAAUCCGAGGGUACGCGGCAUCGUCGGAAACAGGGCGGUGUAGGACGCAGCACUAGCGGGAGUGGCGUGUCAACGAGUGGUACCACUUCCGGCACUGGCGCUGGUGGUUCAAGACGCGAAGGAACGAGUUCUUCGGGGGUUGCGAUGCUACAGAGGCACCUUAGUUCAGACGAUCAGAGCAACAGAUCGGCUAGCUCGCUGUAUCCCCACCAUCACCAUCAUCAGCUGCACCAUCAUCACCAUCACCAUCAUCAUCAUCAUCUGCUGGCGUUGCAGAAUCUCGAUCCAACCGAUCUCUACCACAUGGACCAUAGCUACACGAAGUCGGCAGUACAGCUGGCGAUCGAGAGCACACCGAACGAUGGAGUGAGCAGCAGUAACAGCAUUGGCGGUGGCGUUGGCAAGGGAUCCACCGGUGCCUAUCUGCCCCACCAGGGUACUCCAAUCAGGCGCGAUUCGAGCAGUACCAUGUCCGCACUGCAGCUACCAACGAUCGCCAGUAGUAGUGGUGGCGGAGGUAGCAUUACCGCCGGUCCGGGUGGCAUCACUUACGGCAGCGGCAGAGCAAACAGUGCCAGUGGCAGCGGUGGUGGCAGUAAACGUCGUCGUCAUUCCGCCAACACAAACACGGCUAACGGGACUAGCGGCACGAGACCCCUACCCCGAUCGUUAACAUCGGUACGCAGGAUCAAGAGUGCGGCGCUGGAAAUCUGCAGUCCGGCCUCGAUCCCCAAUCUUACUCCGACGCACCCGAACAGUGUGGAAGUGAUCGGUGGCCAAACGUUGCGCAACCCUCGGCACACGGUUCUGCCUCCACCGAGCAAGUGUUUGUCUCGCAACCCGUACCUGAAUCUGUUCACUAAAUCCAACGAAGGAAGCAGCGGAUCGGGGCUGGUAGAUGUGUGUCGGGGCCGGGAUGUUGGUACAAGUUUGCUGACUAUGGCUGGCACGGGUACCGGUGAUCCGGUCUAUCCGAUCGCUGAGCAAUCGGACGAGAACACCCCGAUCAAGAGCGGAGGCCGGUUAGUAGCGGAUGAAACGUCGGUUGUGCAGCGAUUCGAUCUGCAGUCGGAUGACUCGGACGACGAUGGACUGGAGGACGAUGACGAUGAGGAGGAGGAGGAGGAUGAUGGUGAUGGGGAUGCGGAUGGUGACGAUGAUGAUGAUGAUGAUGACGAUGAAGGAGAAGAUGAGGACGAGGCGGAUGAUGCAGGAGACGACGGAGAGGAGGAAAUUCCAGCUAGUGCCGAUGUCGAUCGUGAAGCGGAUGAUGGAGACGAUGGACGGAAACUACAGGGACAUGGUCGAAUAGCAGAUAGUGAGGAGGAUCUUACAUUGCACGAUCAACUCCGGCGACUUCACCAUCAACAACAGCAGAAGCAGCAGCAGCAGCAGCAGCAGCAACAGCUUGAGAACGCAGAGUCCGGUGAAGUCCCGAGAGAUGACUCGCUGGUGGUCACCGCCGCCACUGACGGCGAUAUCGAUUAUGCUGGUGAUCGCAGCGAUGAUGCAGCCGAUUCCGACAUUGAUCCACAGGACAGUGGCCUUCAGUCGACGGACUCGGACACGGAGAACAAUGCGGGUUCCCGGUCACCACUGCUCGAACCUCGGAGUCAUCGAACAGGCUCGGAGCAGCAUCCAGUGGUCAUUGUGGAGGCGAAGAACGCAUCCUGUACGGCAGUCGCGCAAGUCGCCUCGGGGACAGUCACAGGGGUGGAAGUGAAGAAAACGUCCUCGAGUCCCACGAUCAGCCAUACGCUGCGAUCGCCGGCGAAACAGUUCGGCGAUGAGCACGGUUGCCUUUCAUCGAGCGAUUGGGAACAUGCGAGUGCCAGCUCGAAGGAUCUGUUGAUCACGAAAGACAUCAGCCCCCCAAAGGAAAAGGAUGGCCAGGAGAAGGAAGGCACAUCGUCGGCGGGUCGAGGUAACGAGGCCAACGAAACACCGGCACGUUCCUUAAAUGGUGACGAUGGAGCGCUAAAGCUUAAGACUGCCCCGAUCGGCUCCGAUGGGUCCUCGCAGGAGGUCAACGCUGCCGGAGCCGCAUCUCAUUCCUCCGCCACGCAGCGUAGUCUCGGUGCAAUCCCGAAGACGUCCUCGUCACCACCGGGUCGCUUCAGCUUUCGACGGCUCAGCAUCGAGGACAACUAUCCGAGCACGAGCGGCAAGAUCUACAAUCGGACGCUCUCGCAACGGCUGUCGGCAGAGCGGAUACCGGAGAAUGCGGCGACCGCCCCGUUGAUCACCUUCCUCAACUAUCGUUCCGAUGUGCCAAUACCGCCGAUCUAUCUGCCCGGUAACAGUGCCCUGUCCGAGCAGCAAACGAACGGAAGUUUCAGCUUCCGCUCUCGAGGAAAUGCUCUUCCCUCCCGUUCCUACCGCCAGCUAAACUGCCGCAUGAGAAUGCUUAAACUUGCCGACGAUGGUACGGCGGCUUCCGGCUCGUCCGGAGCGUCUGGGUCGGGUGCUGGUGCCACUGGAUCAAGCAUGGGCGCAGACUAUAGACGUGAUGGUCCGGAGUAUUGGCGUGGUGGCGGUGCAAGCCUGGGACCAGACUAUUGGCGUGACGAUGACAACAACAACUGCCACUAUUGUCUCGAUGCGCUCGAAGGGCAGCAGAUUGGAGCAGCGGCCGCGGCAGCAGCAGCCGCAGCAGCAGCAACAUCACAACAGCCACCUUCUCGGCAACAGCUGGGUGAUGUCGGUGGUAUCGGUGGAAGUCGAAGUGGUGUGAUAGGGAGUGAGCUAGUGCCUGGUACGGUUGGUAGUGGUGGAGAUCUGCCUUGGAAUUUCUACGCCGGUGACGAUUCCGAUCGCUGGUUACGAUGUGCAGCGAACGCAAUCAAGGAACGGUUCGGCGCGCUCAAUC